AUGGCUGUACCUGGAUGCGCACAGCCUCGCCUGUGGCACAGCACCCUGGCACUGCUGCUCCUCAUCGUGGCUCUGGCCACCGGCCUCCGGUGCCACCACCUGCGGACACACGAUCCUGGGAACGCACUCCAGCUUCUGCAGGACAUGGCUCCACGCAUGACACAGUUCUGCCACCUCCAGAAGCCACCAGUCUUCCCCGACACCCUGCUCCACAACAACCUCCUGCCGCAGCAAGCCGCCGCCACCGCCCUCCGCAUCCUGCAGCACCUCUUCCACACCCUCAGCUCCAACGGCACCCGCCAGCACUGGCCCAGCCAGGCUCGCAACCACCUCCUCAACAAGCUGCAGCACCACAUCCACCACCUGGAGCAAUGCCUCGCCGACAAGGCCACGCCCUUCAAAGGACCACGCAACCCGCUGCUCGCCAUCAACAAGUACUUCAGGGACAUCCACCUCUUCCUCCACGCCCACCAGCACAGCGCCUGCGCCUGGGACCACGUCCGCCUCGAAGCUCUUGUCUGCUUCCAACACGUGGACACACUCAUACGGCGAAUGAAGCACCAAGCUGCUCUGGACCCCACUGAACCCACGGAUAGCAAACACCCAUCCCCAGCCAGCACCAGCGGCCACGGAUUGAGUGGUGAUGGCAGCAGCCCAGGCUGGGAUCACUUCGUACCAGUCACAUCUCUUCCGAGUGUUGAGGUGAUGGGGAAAGGGGUAUGA